AUGCGCAUUUUGUCCAUCGGGAGACCGGGAAGAGACUGUAUACGAUCGAUAAUAUUGUUCAAUAUGGACAUUUAAUGUGUAAAAUAUCUCGUCUGUUGCUGUACCUAGACUGAAACAAUCCACUGUACUUUUGUGCGUCAAAAUCAGUUUACACUGUCCAAAGUUAAAGCGAUUCGGCAGGAAAUAUGAGCAGUUCAGAGGAAGUGUCAUGGAUAUCUUGGUUUUGUGGGCUCCGUGGAAACGAGUUUUUCUGUGAGGUCGAUGAGGAUUACAUCCAAGACAAGUUUAACUUAACAGGACUUAAUGAACAAGUACCACAUUACAGACAAGCACUGGAUAUGAUUYUAGACAUGGAACCAGAUGAUGAACUGGAAGACAAUCCUAAUCAAAGUGACUUGAUAGAACAAGCAGCAGAGAUGUUGUAUGGAUUGAUUCAUGCCAGAUAUAUACUGACAAACAGAGGCUUGGCACAGAUGCUUGAAAAAUAUCAAAAUGGUGAUUUUGGUCAUUGUAGCAGAGUAUAUUGUGAAAACCAGCCAGCAUUACCAAUAGGACUUUCAGAUGUACCAGGGGAGGCAAUGGUAAAACUAUACUGUCCCAAAUGUAUGGAUGCCUAUACACCCAAGUCAUCACGGCAUCACCAUACAGAUGGUGCUUAUUUUGGCACAGGGUUCCCACACAUGUUAUUCAUGGUACAUCCAGAGUACAGACCAAAACGACCAGCAAAUAGCUUUGUACCAAGGUUAUUUGGUUUUAAAAUCCAUCCAAUGGCAUUCCAAAUACAACAACAGGCUGCAGCACAGCGUGGCAGAUCAUCAUCUGCAAGACCUCGCUCUAAUAAACCCCAUUACAAAUAAUGUAUAUAUAUACCAGAAGACAUUUUAUUUAGCUUUGAAAUACUAUAUCUAUGAGAACUUCUUGUCAAAGUUUUGAUCAGUUUGCUCUAGCAGGCCUAGGUUUCUUUAAGAUUGUUUGUGUAAGUUUUGCUCAUUUUGCUAGACCAGUUAGAAUUUAUUUUCAUGAGAAUAGUAGAUCCACAUAGUUGAAGAAUAGUUAAAUGUUGCAUAUCCUGCAUGAGUUAUAUUUACUAAACAAAUAUCAAAUUGGAAUACAAACUAAUUAGAUUUACAUGUGGUCCAUGAACAACAUUGUUUGAUACCACACAUCAAACACCAUCAAAUGACAAUUGGAUUGUCUAACAGUAUGARCCUUCUUAGUAGUCUUUCCUAUUGUGGUUAUUUGAUGUUGCACCUCAUUAACUAUUCAUGUUCUUUUUUGCUGUUAAAUUGUCAGAAAAAUGUGUAUUAUUUAUUGUUAAAAUAAUACUCGGAGUUUUAUUGCAAUAUAAACAUAUUUACACUUGUUUGUUGUAUCAUAUAACUAAUAUGUACGUGUAUAACAUGACUUUCAUUCUGCUUACAAUUGACACUGAAUAUGGCUCAAAGCACUAGCCACAAAAACAACCAGAUGUAAAAACAUASUCUUCUUUGCAGCCGGUUUCUUAUACGGAACAGGAAUCCCGAAAUAAAUACGGCUGCRAAGGAGAAUAUACAAUCAUGUAAUCAUCCCAGAUGCUGUUUCAAUAAAUGCUCGACUUGCUAUCGUCUGAAGACGAGGCUCGGCGGAAAUAGAUAAA